AUAUUUGCUCCAGUGGACUCUCACGGGCCUCAUCUCAUCUGAGCCCGGCCCGGCCCGCAGACGAGCCCACCUAGAGCCCCUACUACCCCCGCAGAUCGGCGUCGGCGGCGCCCGCUCCUGCUCCGACGACCGCCGCCGCCAACACUAGCAGAGAGUCGUCGUCGUCGUGGUCACCGCCGGAGACAUGUCGAAGCUGCAGCUGCCGGCGGACGACAGCGUGGCGCUGCGCGUCACGCACUCCAACCUCGCCUCCUUCGCCUCCGACAUCCGCGUCUCGCAGCAGACCACCGUGGAGGCGCUCAAGGAGAAGCUGUGGAAGAAGACGGGCACGGCCGUGGGCUCCAUGCGGCUGGAGCUCCGCGACGAGGCCGGCGCCAGGGUCGCCGACCUCGACCGCGACGCCGCGCCCCUCGCCGCCUACUCCCCCUACGACGGGUACCGGCUGCACAUCAUCGACCUCGACCCCUCGUCGGUGACCUCCGGCGGGUGGCUGGAGGACACCUCGCUCGUCGAGAAGUACACCAUAUCGGACGAAGCGUAUGACAAGCUCGGCACAAACUUCCGGAAGUUCAAAGAGAAAAUGGUGUCGAAAAACCCUGUAUCGGACGAUAAGCAAUCAGACAAUCAUAUGGAGGAAUUGUGUGCCAACAUCAAGGUGGGAGACAGAUGUGAAGUGGAGCCAGGUGCCAAGAGGGGCACCGUGAAAUUCGUUGGCAGAGCUGAAGCCCUUGGGCGUGGAUUUUGGGUUGGCGUGCAAUAUGAUGAGCCACUUGGAAAGCACGAUGGCAUGGUGAAAGGAGUUCGCUUCUUCGAGUGCCCUCAAGGGCAUGGAGCGAUUGUUAGGCCAGAGAAAGUGAAGGUUGGCAACUUCCCGGAAAGGGACCCAUUUGAUGAUGAAGACGAGAUAUAGGCAAGUUUAUAUCUUUGGUGUGGAUCGUUUUGGUGUCUCUUCAACUUGUGCCAAAUUCAUUUGUUAUGGAGUCGCUCAUCUGUACCUAGUGAGAUGAUUGAACAUGCAUGUACUGGCUAGUAUUUGUUAUGCAUGUUGUAUCAGCAAAGGGAGGGGAUCUAGAAUCCAUAUUUUUAUGGAGAUUACUUUGGGUUCAA